AUGAGACGAUUUUAUCAUGGCCCUCAGUGUGGCAUUACCACUGAAUCGCUAUCCCAUAUUCAAAUCGAAGAGCACGCCAAGUCAACCACUCUGUUUUCCAUUGAAGCACAGAUAUGCACUGAGCCAGUGGGUCUAUAUCUGCGGAUCCAAGAUAUCAUGCUGGCCAAGGACGGAAGGGUAGAUCUGUUCAAACUCCCCCAAAACUGGGAACCUCCACGAGCCUUUAGGAUAUGCUCGCACCUGCGAUCCUCUCAUAUUAUAAGUCUGGUCGAGCCUUUGCUUCCAGCUCAUAUCCAGGGCGCAUACUUUUCCCAAUUGGACGGCAACUGCGAUAAAUGCAACACAGACUUUCUUCUUGAAAUUCGGGAGUAUUGUGGUCAUUUGGCGCUCAUCAUCACGCGCUGGAUCAACUUGGGCUCUGGGUUGAGUCCUGAUGAUUGGUUUUGGAAGAUUCGAUCACGCGAAUCAUACUACGGGGACGGGCUUGCUCUGGAACAGGACAUGACCUGGAGCCCCCGAGUCUCAUACGAAAACAUCUCUGGCGAUUGGCCACGAGAAGCCCUGCUUUCACGCAACCUCUCGUAUUUCAAAAACAAAUCAUACAAACGUGUGAUGGAAACAACUUCCUGGCGCCCAAGUAGCUGGUUCCUACAAUCUCCAGAAAGUCGACCUAAGAACCGACGGUUUACCUAA